GGGAGGGCGUGCCCAUAUGUCAUGACCGGAUUAACCGCUCUACAUAAAGCUAUUGGCGGGCGCUUGGGCGCUGGAAGGUGCUUGGCUCUGACGCCGGCCCGCUCGCUGCCCUCAAGGGUACCGGGCGGCUAGGUGCCAGUGCUCGAGGGGCCCGGGGCGGAGGAGAGGUUGCCACCGUGACGCGGCCCACGGGACAGUGUCGCCGUCAGGUGCGGCGGCCGCGCAGGCGCAGACGGCCCCCCGGCGCCGCUUCCGGGUAGCUUUUCCCGGGAUCGGUGGCACCUCGCAUUUGGUGUCCUCGAUCGGGGCCAGAGACCCGAAGCCGCGAGGGUGGCUUUCCCCGGACUGAAGGUCGCGCACCCCAGGAGAGGCGAAAAGGACCCGGAUCGGAGCAGACCACCGACCCUUGCCCAUGGCGGCCCUCGGCCCGGGCAGCCAGAAUGUCACCGAGUAUGUCGUUCGAGUUCCCAAAAAUACAACCAAAAAAUAUAACAUCAUGGCCUUCAAUGCAGCCGAUAAAGUCAACUUCGCUACUUGGAAUCAGGCUCGGCUGGAACGUGACCUGAGCAACAAGAAGAUCUACCAAGAGGAGGAGAUGCCUGAGUCAGGCGCCGGCAGCGAGUUCAACCGCAAGCUGCGGGAGGAGGCUCGGAGGAAGAAGUUUGGCAUCGUCCUUAAGGAGUUCCGGGCCGAGGACCAGCCCUGGCUGCUCCGCGUCAAUGGCAAGUCGGGCAGGAAGUUCAAGGGCGUAAAGAAGGGAGGUGUGACAGAGAACACAUCCUACUACAUCUUCACGCAGUGCCCCGACGGGGCCUUCGAGGCUUUCCCGGUGCACAACUGGUACAACUUCACGCCGCUGGCCCGGCACCGCACGCUCACGGCCGAGGAGGCCGAGGAGGAGUGGGAGAGGAGGAACAAAGUCCUGAACCACUUCAGCAUCAUGCAGCAGCGGCGGCUCAAGGACCAGGACCAGGACGAGGAGGACGAGGAGAAGGAGAAGCGCGGCCGCAAGAAGGCCAGUGAGCUGCGCAUCCACGACCUGGAGGACGACCUGGAGAUGUCCUCUGAUGACAGCGAGGCCAGUGGCGAGGAGGGUGGCAAAGCCCCCAAGGCCAAGAAGAAGGCGCCAGUGACCAAGACGGGCCGAAAAAAGAAGAAGAAGAAAGGUUCGGAUGAUGAGGCCUUCGAGGACAGUGAUGACGGGGACUUCGAGGGCCAGGAGGUGGACUACAUGUCUGAUGGCUCCAGCUCCGAGGACGAGCUGGAGGGCAAGCCCAAGGUCACCCAGCAGGAGGAGGGACCGAAGGGUGUGGAUGAGCGGAGCGAGAGCAGCGAGGAGAGCGAGGAGGAGAAGCCGCCCGAGGAGGAAAAGGAGGAGGAGGAGGAGAAGAAGGCGCCCACGCCGCAGGAAAAGAAGCGGAGGAGAGACAGCAGUGACGAGUCGGACAGCUCGGAGGAGAGUGACAUCGACAGUGAGGCCUCCUCGGCCCUCUUCAUGGCGAAAAAGAAGACGCCCCCCAAGAGGGAGCGGAAGCCGUCGGGCGGCAGCUCCCGGGGCAACAGCCGGCCGGGCACACCCAGCGCCGAGAGUGGCAGCACCUCCUCCACUCUGUGGGCGGCCGCCAGCAAGCUGGAGCAGGGGAAGCGGACGAACGAGACCACGGCGGCCAAGCGGCUGCGGCUGGACACCGGGCCGCAGAGCCUGUCCGGGAAGUCGACCCCUCAGCCCCAGUCUGGGAAGUCGACCCCCAGCAGUGGUGACGUGCAGGUAACUGAGGAUGCUGUGCGCCGCUACCUGACACGGAAGCCGAUGACCACCAAGGACCUGCUGAAGAAGUUCCAGACUAAGAAGACGGGGCUGAGCAGCGAGCAGACGGUCAACGUGCUCGCUCAGAUCCUCAAACGCCUCAACCCUGAGCGCAAGAUGAUCAACGACAAGAUGCACUUCUCCCUCAAGGAGUGAGGGGCUGGCCCCCACCCUUCUGCCCAGCAAAGCUCUCGUCUCCAGAACUUCGUGGGCCUUUGAAUUCCACACACUCACUGCCAUGGGUCCCACUGCCUAUCUGUCACCCUACUCCCUGAAUCCCAGGACCCGGCAUUAAUAAGUCUAGAAAAACCUAA